CUAAUCGUUUAUUACCAAUGUCUCGCGGUGGUCGUGGAGGUGGUUUUGGUCGUGGCGGUGGAGGUGCAAACCAAAGUGGGGCCAUGUCUCUAGUAUCCUUUGAUCUUCUUAAAGAUUUAAAUUCUGGUACUCUAUUUAAUACAAACACAGAUCUAUUUCCACAAAUGGAUGUACCCAUCCCUCGUAAACCUACAUCAACUGAAUCACAUCAGUGGAAAUUAAGAAAAGAAUACCUGGAAAUGGUCAAAUCAUCACCAUUUUAUUUAACAGUGCCACCGCCGCCACCAGACAUAGAACGAUAUUCUGACAGAUAUAAAGUACAAGAAACAAAAAGGAGUCUACGAGAGAUAGAAACAGAUCUCGACUUCUUUCCUGAGGAACUUCAAACUGUUUUAGAACCAAAGAGAGCCAAGAAGAAACAAAAAACAGUAUCGCUUCAAGAUGAAUAUGCACAAUUAGAAGCAUUACUUAGUACAGAAGUAGAUGAAAAUAAGGAGGGUGAUGAUGAAGAAGGUGAAGAAAAGAAAGAAGAGGAAGAAGAGGAAUUGGAAGAAGAAUAUGAAGAUGAGGAAGAAUUGGUCGAUGAUAAUGAUUAUGCACAAAAUUACUUUGAUAAUGGCGAAGGAGAUGAUAUCGAUGACGAUGAUGACGGUGGUGGUGAUUAUUAUUAAAUAAAAACAAUGUAUGUAUAUAUCGUCAAUUGGUUGCCCCGUAGCAAAUAAGUUAUCCC